UAAAUGCCUCAGUCUUUCGUCUGACACUCUCUUCUUGUGUACAUGUAGUUUUUUACCAGUGUUUAAUCUGAGAUAAUGACACGUUAGACACAUGUCAAGUGUGUUUAAUUUUUGCGACUAAAACAUUGCAGUUAGAUUUAUACAUGUAGUCUUAGUAGCCGGAACUAGCCACUAUAAUUUUAUAUCUCUACAGAUUACUCCAGAUCAUUAUUUUAUAGUUCAUUGCCAGUUGUUUAAUUGCGUUUGUUGUUCUACUGGAAGGGAUUGUGGCGAUAAGAAUGGAUAUUUUCCUAAUAUGAUAGUGCGCUUUAAUCUACUCUGCAGCUUCCAUUCGAAAUUCUAAAGACCAAAGUUAUUGCAUGGUGUGUAAUUAGAAACCGGAAUCUGGGCGUUUCUAACACCAAAUUUUGGAAGUAACAGCUUAAUUAAUUGCCAACACUCUGCUCUAUUUCCCAGGUGUCUGUAGCAUUUGAAGGAAAUGGAUUGCCAGUGCAGUGUUUUAUUUAUUGCUGUUGUAUUCUCCUUAUACUGCCAGUAUCUUUACGCGCAAGAGCAACAAUGUCCAGCCGGCGAAGACGUUUCCUUUGUUCUGUUGACCAGUCAUAAAAUGCACACUGUGGAUCCACUAUCGAGUGUUUUAACCUUCAAUCUGAGUGCCUGCAUCGACGGCUGCAUCAACGAUCCCAAUUGUCAGGCGCUGAAUAUUCAAAAUAGUCCCAAGAACGAAUUUUGUUCGUAUUAUUCCAAGAGCGCAUCCGUUGUCGCCAACGGGACGAUGACACCGGAUGAUUUAGCGAUAUUCUAUCUGGAGAAGAAAUGCUUAAAAGGUGCAUGUCAGCGCUUAUUCGCUUUCGAGCUGGUAACCGGCAAAGAUCUUGAACGCGCGCCGGAUACGGUUAUUAAAGGCUCCACAGAAAAAACCUGUCUUGAAUCGUGUUUGGCCUGGACGCAGCCACCGUGUCUUUCCGCUACUUUUGAUGUGUUAUCCGGUGAUUGCGCCCUCAGGAACGCGAAUCGCUUCACACAUCCCACUGAUUUUAAGGACACCAACAAGAACGUUCGUUACUUUGAUAACAAUUGCAGAGACGAAUUACCAGCAAAUGUUUCGUACGAUAUUGUCACACGGAACCUGGCUACACACUUUUCCGAUACGGACUAUGUGGACAUCUCAUUAGCGGAGUGUGCUAAAUUAUGUCAUGAGAAUCCUGACUAUCCUUGCCGCGCCUUUUUCUUCGGGGAGACUAUUUUGGGCCGCUUUUGCGGCCUGAUGCAUUUGCCAGUGGCGGCCGUGGCCCAGAUUCCCGGCGGAAUAUUUCCCAUUGAAGGGGUCAACAUGUACGAACCGGCUGUUUCAAAAGGUUGCCCAUCGGAUGCGGUGAAUUUUGUCCUGAUGAGCGCUCAGAGCAUUGCGGAAGAUCCGGCCAGUUCCAGUCCAUUAUCCAACCCGAGUUUGUGCAUUGACCAGUGCCGGCAGAACAGUCGCUGUGUGGGAUUGACCGUAGAUUACGCCAAUGCCAAAUGCAACUUUUACACACAGUACAAGAGCGACAGCAUCCAGAACGACGGCAUGGUCAGCAUCUAUCUGAAGAUAUGCUUGGAUUCGCCGGUGUCCUGCAAACGCGACUGGGCCUUCGAACGCAUCGACGGCCAGACGCUGUUGACCUUUGACAAACGCGUGGAAGCCUUCUCGGCGCGCCAGUGCAUGCUGGCCUGUCUGGAAGAGCACCGCUUCCAAUGCAAAGCCUUCGACUACAAUUCCCUAACGAAUGAGUGUCAACUAUCGCGACUGGAUCGGCAUUCGGUCAACUACAAACAAAUGGACCUGCGCGAUCUGGUGGUGCCGACGCGCCAAGCGGAAAUUACGCUGUAUGAAAACAACUGUUAUCAAGAACCUACGCAGUUUUGCUUUUUUGAUCCGGUGAAAGACGUCGACAUCAGUCUACACGAUGCCCUCGUGGUGGAUGGGAUCUCGAGCGAAGAAGAUUGCAAAAAAGCCUGUCAGCAGCAGACCGGAUUCAACUGCCGGCGCUACGCCUUCGUAUCCAACUCCAUCUGCAUGCUGACGCACUACACCAAAGCCACUGCGCCACAGGUCUCGAUUUUACGCCAUGAAUCACAGUCCGUGUACGGCGAAGUAACGACUUGUUACAAUGUUUCGGUUGAAUGCGGCUCGACAAUGAUAGCACACGUUAAAUCCAACCGGGAAUACGACGGGAUGAUCUACGCGAAGGGCAAAGCGGAUGUCGGUGACUGCGCCCAGGUGGUCAAGCAACAGUUCAGUUUCGAUCUGAACUUACCCUUAAAUAUCCGCACUGUGGAAUCGUGCAACACCUUCCUGGAAGACGAAGGACAGUUUCACAACACUAUCGUCCUGCAGCACAACGCCCAUGUUUUGACGGCGAUGGACCAGACUUUCGGCUUGCAGUGCAAAUACGAUUUACGUGCCAAAGAAGAACUGACCAAUUUGUUUAACGUGAAUUUUUCUCUGGGCGUGUUGCCGGAAGCCAGUAAAAGCGUUGUCCGGCACACUGUUAAAAUGCCAAAAAUCACCAUGCGAAUAUUGGGAUUGGAUGGGGAAGAAAUCAGCGAAGCCGAACUGGGAAGUGAACUGAUCGUGCGCAUUGACAUGGAGGACAGCGAAGACGUGUUCGGUUUGAGCAUUCACAACAUGUUCGCCACGGACGGGCGACGCAAGAACAACAUGACCCUUGUCGACGUCAAAGGCUGUCCGGCAGAGAACUUAAUUCGCAACUUCCGCCAAAUCAAUCCCAAAACGCUGGAAGCGCGCAUGGAAGUUUUCGCUUUCCCGGACAACAACCGCAUUAUCAUCGACGCAGAAGUGCAGACGUGCCGGUUCCGCUGUAAACCGGUGAUCUGCGGGAAUGGCGCGGAGUCGUAUGGCAAACGGAAGCGCCGCGCAGCGGACGGCGCUCACGAGGGAGGCGACGCCAUUGCACGGGACACUUUGAGGAAGACUGUCACCAUUACUUCGCAGAAAUUCACUCUGCCAUUAAACAGCGAAAAGUCACUGAAAAUAAGCAUCAGCGGUGUUCGGGAAGGCGAACCAGCCGGUAUCUCGUGCUUCCUUCCGCAAAUCCUGGCCGUGUUGACCGUAUGUUGGUUCAUCGUGGAGAUGACCGCCAUCAGCUGCAUUUGCUUCUUAAAGCGUAAAAUUAACUACUUCCGCGAGAAAGUGAAGAACGCUGAAGGCUUCUACAGCCACGGUCCGUACGUGACCUAUGCCACGGUGACGCGUCGGAAUGCGGUCAUGUCCAGUGUGCCGAUGGCCUCCGAUAGUGCGAUGGGCAGUUCAGCCUGUUGAUUUUGUUCCUUUUUGUACGCUUUUUGAUUACCUUGACCCCCUACAGUCCCUAUGUGAUCGGCAACGCAGUUUUGCGACGUUGUUACGUUCGAUUUGUUACUGUUGACUGGUCUUUUGCAAUCUGAUUUGUCUGCGUUUGAGUAAAAUUAU